UAGUAAUGCCUGAUGUGCUGAGCCAGGUCUGAUCUGACUAAUGUUUUGGAGAACAUAGACCAAUAGCUAGCCUAGCUACACUGCUAGUUUGCUAACCACAGUCGGUCAACACAAUAUGAAAACACCGGAGAAAAUGAAACAUAAAUAUACGAGACCGUUUCAGACGCUGGUAAAAGUCUAAUAUAUGUAACUAGUCAAGUCGUCAAGAACAUCCAACCGUAGCAGUGGGGAAAAAGUAGGGACGUAGUCGAGUAUAUCGCUAACGUUAGCUAGUUUGGCCAAAUGCCUUGUUUGGGUUGGUUGUCAACACUUGAGUUGGACAAACGCUGGCUUGUUAGUUUUUUGGGAGACGGAUAGCUAUAGAUUGUAACACAAUAUAAUGUGAUUUAACCAAAUAUUACUGGUAGUUACAGGCAUGGCUGUACAAAACGUCGUCAAGAGAGUUUUCAACUGACAACUUUAACCUGCUAUUGGCGAUACUAUCUUUGUCCUCCACCAGUAUAAUGAACCACAUUUGUUGGGUUAAAUCACAUUAUCUGGUUUUACAAUCUGGAGCUAGGAGACGGGUAGUUAACUCGAUUUUGAAGUUUCAUGACAGCCUGUUUUCGUUUCUCUGUGUUUCAGUUUAACUGCCAGAACCCACACCACCAGUUGUUUGGUCAUUAACGUUAUGUUUUAAUUCUGUAAAACGAACAGAUUUAAAUGAUUCAUGCCACCAAUGGCAACAUUGUCAUCAGCUCCUCAUGGCUGUUAACAAAUGACAACUGCAGUGAUUAGGUAACUAAUAAGUAAAAAAAAUUUUUUUAGCUAGUUAGCUACAAACAUGGUUCUGUCAUCAAUAGUUGGAUUUCAUAAGGUAAAGGUGUAGACUACAAGCUAGAUGCCCCUUUAGACUACAAGCUGGCCACACACACUUUCAUAUGGCCUUUGCGAAGACCCUUUGGUGACUGAGACCAACAUACACCAGUGUGAAGGAGAGGGAGGAAGGUCUGAUCUUCGAGAUGACUGUCUACCCAAAGAAUUCAGUGCGGAUCUUAUCUGCCCGGGAGCGUGGUGCCCGCGGCCUUGGCUCCCAGCGCCUCCUGCAGCAGCUUGUUGAGGAGAAGACCCGGAGGAUGAAAUGGCAGAGUCAGAAAGUGGAGUUGCCGGACAGCCCUCGUUCUACCUUCCUGUUGGCUUUUAGCCCGGACAGGACCUUAAUGGCCUCCACACAUGUCAACCACAACAUUUAUGUCACAGUGGUUAAGACAGGGAAGUGUGUUCACUCUCUGGUUGGCCAUCGCCGCACUCCUUGGUGUCUGACCUUUCACCCUACCAUCCCUGGUUUGGUGGCUUCGGGAUGUCUGGAUGGAGAGGUUCGCAUCUGGGACCUGCAUGGUGGCAGUGAGAGCUGGUUCACUGAGAGCAAUGUGGCCAUUGCCUCCCUGGCCUUUCACCCUACCGCCCAGCUCCUUCUCAUAGCAACAAACAAUGAGGUUCACUUCUGGGACUGGAGUAGGAGGGAGCCAUUUGCCCUGGUCAAGACUGCCAGCGAGACAGAGAGAGUCAGACUGGUGAGGUUUGACCCACUGGGUCAUUACCUGUUGACCGCUAUAGUGAAUCCCUCUAACCAACAGAGUGAUGAUGACUCUGAGGUCCCCAUGGAUAGCAUGGAGAUGCCCCACUUUCGCCAUCGAUCCUUCCUACAGUCCCAACCGGUCCACCGUACCCCCAUUCUCCACAACUUCCUGCACAUCCUGUCAUCGAGGAACUCAGGCUCACAGUCUGAGGAGCAGCAUCCUCCUGAACCCGCUGUCAAUAGUGCUGCUGACUCUCCUAGUCUUCCCUCUGGACGUUAUUCCGCCCUGCGGAAUCGCUUCCGACCCCCCUACCAGGGUUGUGUGCAACACCUUGGUAUGGUUUGCUUCUGCAGUCGGUGCUCUCCCACCCAAGCCCCUUCACCAUCUGGAGAGGACCCCUCUGACCCUGAGAGCCUGGAGACCCAGUCCUAUGCCUCCACCUUCUCCUCUGCUCGCACUGAGCCCCGGCAGCCCUCUGAGCCUCGCUCCUCACACCGUCCCUCUGCCUUCAGCAGUGUGUACAGCGGUGCUAGAGGACACUCUUUACGCACUCCAUCUUCAGGCCACCAGCAGCCAGGCCGGGAGUGUUCUGGGCGACUGGCGGGGGCAGACUGGAUGGGUAGCAUGCUCAACAUGCGGCCUGAGCGUAGUGGGGGUGUUGGGGUAUCUCCACCCAGGACUAGUGCAUCAUCUGUCAGCCUGCUGUCUGUGCUGAGACAGCAGGAGUGCUCCUAUCAGUCGCCUGUCUACACCUCUGCCACAGAGGGAGGAAGCUUUCCCCCAGCAGUUAUGAGCCCCCACACCAGUGGAAACAGCUCUGUAGAUGGACCCAGCACUAGUAGUGGACGCCACACUCUAGGGGAGGGAGGGAGCAACAGCCCCACCUCUAUCCGUAACGUGCUGCAGUGCAACUUGAAUCGCUACUUCAUGGGUUAUGAUCGCAUGCAGGAAAUGGAGCAGUCAGGUGGCGCUGGUGGAGAGAGCAGCCAAGAGCAACAGACAUGGGAGAUGCUCAAUAAUAACAUAGACUCUGAGCGGCCUGUCACCCCUCAUUAUCAGCCCCCCCACAGCGGUGAUGAUGGUUCUGGUCCCUCCCGCGGCCAUAUGAACCGCUGCAGGGUCUGCCACAACCUGUUCACGUUUAACCAAGGUACACAGCGCUGGGAGCGCACUGGCCAGACCCCAUCACAAGAGGGGAGCACCUCAUGGCAGCCCCCAAGACCCAACCUUGCCUUUCACAACAUGAGGCAGACUGUGAUACAGGAUCCCCAGUCCUCUGACAGGAGACAGUUAGCACAGCCACAGCCCAGUGCUGAUGAACCUGGAGGGGACACAGCCUUCCCUCACCGGGGAACCCCUAGCCCGCAGAGAGAACGGGCAGUGGGGUUGGUGUAUAAUCAGGAGACAGCCCAGUGGGAGAGGGUUUACAGACAGUAUGCCAGUCCAAGUCCAGCGGUGAAUGUACCACAAGAGGCCUUAAACCAAGAAAUGCCUGACGAAAGCCCUGAUGACGAUUACCUGAGAAGGAGACUUUUGGAGUCAUCUAUUAUGUCGCCGUCUCGGUAUGACAUAUCUGGCUCCCGGGACCAUCCCAUUUAUCCAGAUCCUGCCAGGUUGUCACCUGCUGUGUAUUACGCCCAGCGGAUGAUUCAGUACUUAUCUCGGCGGGACAGCAUUCGCCAACGAUCACUGCGCUACCAGAGCCGACUGCGGCCUCUCUCGUCCACCUCGGAUAGCCCAGGAAGCAACCCCUCCGUUGAGAACAACGAGGUGGACUUUGAGGCUAACGGUGAUCGCGCCAGACACAGGGCUCCGCGCAACGCUCGUAUGUCUGCCCCCUCGCUUGGCAGAUUUGUUCCCCGGAGGUUCCUACUGCCUGAGUAUCUGCCAUAUGCUGGGAUCUUCCACCACGAGAGGGGCCAGCCUGGCCUGGCCACCCAUUCCUCUGUCAACAGGGUCCUAGCAGGUGCGGUUAUUGGUGACGGUCAGUCAGCUGUGGCCAGUAACAUCGCCAACACUACCUACCGCCUCCAGUGGUGGGACUUCACCAAGUACAACCUACCUGAAAUCAGCAACUCCUCGGUCAACGUGCUGGUGCAGAACUGUAAGAUCUACAAUGACGCCAGCUGUGACAUCUCUGCAGACGGGCAGCUCCUGGCCGUGUUCAUACCCAGCAGCCAGCGGGGCUUCCCAGACGAGGGCAUCCUGGCUAUCUACUCUCUGGCGCCUCACAACCUGGGAGAGAUGCUCUACUCCAAGAGAUUCGGUCCUAAUGCUAUUUCUGUCAGCCUGUCCCCAAUGGGCCACUACGUGAUGGUAGGCUUGGCCUCUCGCAGGAUCCUGCUCCAUCACAACACAGACCACAUGGUAGCGCAAGUGUUACACCUGCAGCAGCCCCAUGGUGGAGAGACUUCCAUGAGGAGAAUGUUUGAUGUGGUGUACCCCAUGGCCGCUGAUCAACGGAGACACGUCAGCAUCAACUCGGCCCGUUGGCUCCCAGAACCUGGCCUGGGUCUUGCCUACGGUACCAACAAGGGAGACCUAGUCAUCUGCAGACCUGUAGAUACCCAGUUAGACGGAGACGGCCCCGCUGAGCACAGUGAGCCCGUAUCUGCUGUCAACAACAAUCGAGGCGGUGGUACUGGUGGGAGACGCGACGGAGAGCGACCAGGGAGCAGCAGGGCCCCCUUGAGGUCUGAAAGGGACAUGGGGCUUAUGAACGCCAUUGGUCUCCAGCCCCGUCACCCUACCCCCGUUGUGACAUCACAAGGCACACAGACAGUCAUCCCACAGCUUCAGAAUGCCGACACACAGACCGACCGAGAUCCACAGGUUCCCAGCACAUUCCGGGCCUCCGAAGCAACAGACAGGGAAUCUCAAGACCAGGGCAGUGGGGAGGACGCCGUUUCUCAGCUCCGUGGGCUGAUCGCUGAGGGUGGUAUGACGGCCGUGGUCCAGAGGGAGCAGAGCACCACCAUGGGCAGCUUCGGUAACAGCAUCAUCGUUAGCCACCGCAUCCACCGCGGCUCCCAGACUGGGACAGAGGCACCGGGUGGGGACAGAGGCACCCAGGGCAGGGGUCAGGGUGGUGGUGAUGGUUGGACGUCCCUCUCUCCGCCCCACCGGGGCACUCUGUCGUUCACAGAGCCCACCACCCGUAUUCUGACCCACCAGAGCAUGUAGCUGGGUGAGAGCUCAGCCUUCCUGUUAGAGCCCUCUGUGGGGCCCAUAGCAGGACAGUAGCACCUCUCCCCUUCCAGUACAUCAGUCUCUUUUCAUCUCAGCCCUCAGGGGCCCAUUGGGGUGGAGGAGGGGGCCGAUGGGACCCCUAUGGACACAGACGAUGCGUUUGAGGGUGUGGGACUUGUCGAUGAUCUAGAUCUACACUCCCCCUCUGCUUCCUCCUCCUCUUCUUCAACCCUGUCCCCUGUUGUCUCCCCUCUCGACAACAACAGCUACAGUGCCAGUUACCAUGGAGACCCCUACAGUCAAUAGAUGGUCAUGUGCUUUCCAUAUCCAUCUGAUCUCUACCUAGAAGACUCUCCUUCCUCUAGCCUUAUUACAUUGACUACUGGUUUUUCUGGAGGCUUCCAAUCCCAACAAUGAAAUGAGGCACUUAAAACUUCAUCCUACUCUUCCAUUGCAUGUCCUGAUUUCUAUCCAAAAGUAGGCUGGAUGAGACCUAUCUUCAACCUAGGAUUAGGCUUGGUCUCUUCCUUGGAUGUGGUGUUAUUUUCCAUGCCCUGACUUCAGUUUGAGACUUGUGUCAUUGCUCAAUUGAGUGCAAGAAUCCAAAGCUACAGUUUGACCAUUCUAUCGGAGGGAGGUGGACCUGAGUGAUUAUUUUACAAUCAGGGUUCAGAUCGGUGGUUUUCAAAGGCCAUCUAGGACCAAAUUCCAUGAUCAAAUUACUUUUUCUGCAAAACAUGUUAAGGCUCUUGAUCACUAUUAGCAAGAAGCUGAUAUGCUGAGUAGAAGCACAUUUUAUUAACCAAUCACAUUGAUACAAUUUGAUUGUGAACCUGGAUGACUGUAUCUGUUUUUUUUAUGUCUAUGAAUUAUAUUUUAUUGUGUGAGAGAGAGGAUGUUCUAUGUCACCCUUUGUGGUUGCAAAACGUUUAAUUCUUCCGUUAUAGUCGUCAUGGUUGAUUAGUGGUUCGCAAAGAUGUAGUUGACCCAAGAUAACUUUGAAUUUCUUGUACUACAUAGGAGAGCAGAAUUACAUUACAAAGUAGAAUUUAGGGUUGGGCAAUAUUUAGGGAGACCGAUUCCACAAUAUGCUACUCCAAAUAUAGACAAUAUUCGAUAUUAUCGCUGUGCGCUGUUAAUGACAAAAUAGUUCCCGACUCCUUUUUUGUUGUUGUUGCUUAUUUAUGAUAUCAUAACCUCCUUCUCAUUUAGACUUCUUUUCAACAUAUUGAUACUGCCUUACUGAUUAAGCUGCGCGGUUUUGAUUUGUAAAGUUCAAAUAGUGCGUCACAAUAGCUCGACCAUAUAGUUGAUGACAAAUAUUGCCGAUCCUUCGACAAAUAUUGCCGAUCCUUCGUUAAGCCGAACCUAGUAGCAUUACAAGACUUUGCUCCCAGACAGUGGCCAGAUAAUACCAUUACUCUUUUCUCCCCAGUGUGAUGCCUGUAUCUGGUGUGCAGUGUGCAGUCGGGUGUGUGUGUGACAAUGGCUAAUCUGUACCCGGGAAAAGAAAACAAACAGCAUGACUUAUGUAUUUCAAAGGUUGAUGUAAUAAUAACAGGGUACAGUACAGAUGUACUACUGGCAUGUAAGAUCAUGAGCCCUAGAUCCGCAGCCUUGUAACUUCGAAACGCGUUUUGAAACACCUAAAUGCUGUGCCAAGUAUUUGAAGUGAAGCAUUUCGAUAAUAGUGUAUCCUCUUCUACGAUUUAAAACGGUCAGCCCAUGUUUUGUGAUGGUUGUCUUUUAUACAGUAGGAUUCCUUCUCUAGGUCCACUGUGGUAUGUUGAGCCCAGUUUUAAGGCUAAAUGGAAUUUGAAAAGGAGAUGCAUCCGGAAGGCUCUCUUUAAAAAUGGCCUGUUUGCCUCCCACGAGCCGUCCCGGUGCCUUGGGGGUUGUGUCGUUGUGACAGAGAGGCAGUUGGAGGUGCACAGGGGCGGUGGUGCUGAUAGCAUUCCGAGUCACCAUAGGGGCAAAGCUCUCUAGGUUGAAUGGACUUUGUGCUUCAAACGGCUUGGUCAGUUCUUAGUCCUUUUUAAAACUGGUUUUAAACAGUAAUCUGCAAAAAAGAAUACAUUUUAUUUAUUGUUUUUCCUAUCAAGGUGGUCGGUUGUGACAGUGAAAGAAACUGUGUUGAAUUAAUGAAUUCGGAAGUGCUUACUGCAGCUCCAUGGUGAAUGGGUUACUUUUUUGAUAUUUGGAUGUGAAAAGUUACGCAUUAUGAACAGGUUUUUGUCUCUCAGCCACUGUUGGUCCAGCCAACUUGCACUGCUUAUAUCUGUCUCUCUAUGUAUUGUGUAUAUUGUGAUUGUAUCUGUUGUAUCUGUUGGGUUUAUUUAUGUUUUAGAAAGAUAAUGGUUAUAGAAGAUAUGCCAACUGAAGCAAUAACGUAAGGUUGAUCAUAAUCUUUUUUUCAUAUAAAUUUAACCAGAGUUGCAUUAGUCAUGUGACCCUGCAGCAGCACUGUCUAUCUCUGUUGUUCAGAUCACUUCUAGGAGAGCAAUGCACCAUUUGUCGGUUCAUAUGCUGAUCUGACGACAAACAACUUCAGGACGAUUGUCAAAGCGAUAAAUAUAUUUUGUUCAUUCGUUUAUCCGAUUGUGAAAUUGUCUUCCCAGUGUUUUCCGAUACUCUAUGACUGACCACUCACUUGUACUGUGCCGAUCUUCAUUUGAAUUUGUCCUCAAUGGGGCGGCAGGGUAGCCUAGUGGUUAGAGCGUUGGACCGGAAGGUUGCAAGUUCAAACCCCCGAGCUGACAAGGUACAAAUAUGUCGUUCGGCCCCUGAACAGGCAGUUAACCCACUGUUCCUAGGCCGUCAUUGAAAAUAAGAAUUUGUUCUUAACUGACUUGCCUAGUUAAAUAAAGGUUAAAAAAAAAAAUAAUAAUAAUUGAUCCCAUUAUGGCUUGUAAUGACUCCUGUAAGGUUAUGGGGAAUACUAGAUUACCUCUCAUAGCGUCAGACUCAGAGUGAAAUUAGAUUUGGACAAAUAUAUGCUUAUUAUUCCAGCAUUAAUUUGUUUAAUGUUAGCGUAUGAUCCAUGAGGGACAAUACCAUUCUGAUUUUAUACAUAAAUCAUCUGUUUACAACAACUUCUAACCAUCGACCCUUGGAAAGAGCAGGAAGACCGGAGUCUCAUUUACAGUUCUUGGGUUGGAUAUCAGAGUGAUCUGGGUAGUAGAAAAGGGUGUACGGGAAAGUGUUUGCGACAGACAAACCAAGAGACACAUCAGGCAUCAGAAUGGUUCAGGCUAACCCAGAUCUGUCAGACUCUGCUCCUGAAAAGACCCCCCCCCUUUGGAAACUGGAGCAGACAGCCUGACACUUUUGUUUCCCACGUUUUUUAUUUCUUUUUUUGAGCACACUCAUCUCGCGUUUUUCUUAUUUGUUUUGUUUUUGAACGGGUGGAAUGUACUGUUUUCUUUCACCUGUUUUCUAUUGUAUUUGAAGAGGAUAUGAUGGACUGCAUUCUAGUGUCCUGUUGGUCAAGAGGGCUAAUGGGGAAAAGGAUGUGUUCUAAAUCAGAAGACAGGAGCUUACAGUGGCUUCAUGGGUGACUGUUGGGUGAGGUGGAGCAGGAGAGCUGAACAGCUGCUCCCUGUGGGCUCCGGUCCUGCUGGGUUUGAAGUGGGAGGGAAAACGCAGUGAGCGAAAGAGCAGCGUUGGAUUUGGUCACCCUUGAUGCUCAUGCAGCAUUGCGUUAGAUGAGCUCAUCCGUUUCGGCUUUCACCUUCUAUCUGUGCUCUUUAUUCCUCAGUUCGCCAACACACAAUAAUCCGCCAGCGUGCGCAUCAGUUCAAAACUCAAUCAAGAACCAUAGUUAAAUAGUGGAACUACGGUAUAUACAGUAGAAAUCGCCACAUUCAGUUCUCCACAGCCCAAGACGUUUUGCGACUACCCGUGUUUUUUGAUUUUCUGUGCAAUUUAAGGGCAAUAUGUAAUCACAUCACAUACUCAACGUAUUUACUUAACGCUUUGCACUGUUCACAGAUCAUCACAAAACUCAGUGUUGUCAAGGCAUUACACUGUCAUUUUUUCAUACAGCUGAUAUUCAUGUUUGUGCAGCAGAAUAAAAAUGUCUGUGACCUUCUGGA